CGGGGCUAGGCGGGCGCCGUGAUGGCGGCGCGGGAGAAGCUGCGGGUCAGGUCGGGCCGGAGGCGCCCAGGAAGUAAGCAAUCAAGUGCUUUGAAAAAUGAAGAUGCAGCACAAAGGAAAGUGGCACUUGAGGCUGCUAUUAGAAAGAAAAUUGAAUUUGAGAAAAAAGCUUUGCAUAUUGUUGAACAACUCCUGGAAGAGGAUAUUACAGAAGAGUUUCUUCUGAAUUGUGGGAAACUUAUUACCCCAUCUCACUAUAAGGAUGCUGUGGAUGAGCGGUCUAUCAUCAAACUGUGUGGCUAUCCCUUAUGUCAAAAUAAGCUAGAACAUGUGCCCAAACAGAAGUAUAGAAUUUCAACAAAAACAAACAAAGUUUAUGACAUCACUGAAAGGAAGUGUUUUUGCAGCAAUUUUUGUUACAGAGCAUCUAAAUAUUUUGAAGCUCAAAUUUCCAAAUGUCCAGUGUGGAUGCGAGAAGAAGAAAGACCACCAGACAUAGAGCUGCUAAAGGAAGGGCAAAGUGGCCAGUCUGGGGAAGAAGUAAAACUCCGUGAUGAAGUCAUUAAAGUCUCAGACAUUGAAAACCCUAUGCUAUCAAGCCAGUGUGAAUCUGGCUCCCCUAGCAUACACAGUGACAGCAGCAGUGAUACUGAACUUGAAUUUGUUUCCUCUAUUCUACCAAGAAAUCAAUCAGGCACACCCAGUGGGACACGGAUAUCUCAAAAAAGUAUACUCAGCAAGAAGCAUGAUCAGGAAGUUUAUUCCAAGCCUGGAGGUGAAGAUUCUGGAGUGAUAGAGGCCACAGAACAAUUGAGUACAUGUAAAUUAGAUUCCCUGGAAAAAAAGAGUACUUGUUCAGUUAGGUUUCAAAAUAAACUAACUGAUAUUUCUUCAAAGAAUGUUAUGCUUGAAAAUGGAAAAAUUUCAGAAAGCUGUGAAAACAGCUGUAAUAGUUCACAUGUAGUGUUUCUAGGUGUGAGCAAAAAGGGGGCAGAACAACUUAAAAGAAUACUUACUAAAUCAAAGCAGCAUAUCAAACCUACAUUGAGACCAGUUAAUUCCCUUGCUGCUAAAGGCAAUUUAUUAGAAGUUCUUAAGCAAACUUUUAUUGAAUGGAGGACUGGUGAAACCUUAAAAUUUCUCUAUGAUUCAAAAUAUGUUCCUGUAUGCUUACCAGAACACACGUUGGCUGUUGCCUGUGAGAGAGAAGAACUUGAUGAAGAUGACAUAGAGACAGCUGAUGACCUUAAUGAUACUGCUAUGUGGAAAUCUAAAAACACAUUGCCUUUUGCAAGCUCAGAUGGAGUUGUUAAACCUUUGCCUAGUUACAAAAAGUUAAAAGAAGAAACUCAGCUAUUAGAACUAAGAGUAAAAGAGUUCUAUAAAGGAAAGUACAUCUUGGCUGAAGAAACAGCAGCAGAAGUUCAUGAGGAGGAAUAUUUUAGCAGCCAUAAAGAUAACCAGGAAGAUGAUCCCACCUUCCCACUAAUAGAUUCUAAUGCGCAAAUGCAGAUUCGAAAGCGGAUUGUACUUGAAAGGCUAAGAAAAGUAUUGCCUGCAGUGCUGGGCCCUCUUCAGAUUACACUAGGUGAAGUUUACAUGGAAUUGAAAAGUCUUGUCUCAACUUUUAGGUUAACAAACAUAAAUAUUAUUCACAAAAUGCCUGAAUGGACCCUGAUUGCCAUUGUAUUGUUAUCAACUGGAGUAUGGUGCUUGUCAUCAGCAGCUGUCUGGUCAUCACAACUCCAGGAAAGACUCUGUGUAGUCCAGGCUAGGAGGCUGCUGAAACCAACCCUCCCUUUACCUCCUGGAUAGAAAGAGGACUUCUACUAGCAUGUAAUCUGGCAAUGAUCUGGCCCCAUGAUUGAACAGUAGCCAUGUUAUUCAUAAAGCCAAACAAUGGGCUAGCAUUAGCAACAAUUUAAGUUAAUUGCUUAUACCCCCCACUUAAAUAUAUGAUUAUAUCAUGGGGGCUCCUAAUGUAAAAAUAAUGUGGGGUAUCAGGAGAAAUAAAAAUAUGAGUAAGGGGAUGUCAAAGCUACAUAUCAAAAUAACUGUUAGGGUCCCUAGAGUGGGGUGUAUAUGUGUUUGGAGGGGUUGGGGGACAAGGUUUGUUUAAGUAAUAGAGCUCUAUUUCAUGCAGUAGAUACUUUUGCUAACAUGACCUGUUAAUUCAAUAGUGGAUUUUUUGGUUCAUUUUCAGAAUAUCCUUAAUACCUUUUGGCAUCUGUGAAUUUUACUUUGCUUUUGGCCAAGUUUCUAUUCUUAUUGGUGUCUUGAAUUUUAACAGGAUGUGAUUACUAUUAGUAGACCAUUACAUGACAUUCUCCUUCAUUUUGUUUAAAGUAUGUGAGUAAUACAUUAUCACAGUGUAUCCAAUAUAAGAUAUUAUGUUAGUAGAAUGAACUCUCUGUUAGACAUCUAGAUUCAUACUUAAAAAAAUGCUGCAAAAAGGAAUGGCCAAUCUGAAAAUCCAGCCUGAGGCAUUUGCAUCUUAUUUAUUACAUACAAACAUGCUGUAUGUCAUAACUGUGCUUCCUUAGACUAAAUUUAAACAUCCAGUGAAGAGAUUGCAUUCAGAUAUCUUUAAACUCUUUCUAAGAUUAAGUAGACUUUAAAAAUUGACUUGCAGGCCAAAAGCCUUGUUUAGUAACUUAAGUUAUGAUUGCUUGCAACAUGGCCCUGUCUGAACAUUUACUCUCUGAAUUUUAUGUUUUAGCCAGAUACUUUCUAAUGCAAUGUAAAAUACAAUACUGAAUGAUAGAUCCUCUUCCCAAAAGGUCUUUGCUUGAUCUCAAAUGAAGUGGAUAAAUAGAUACAUAUAUGGUAUUUCAAGAAAAAGAGUGGAGACCAAAGUAUGGAAGAUUAGUUGCCACACAAGCAUGGACACUUGCUGUUUUUAGUGUAUACCCCUGGUACAGACUAAUGGAAAGCUUUCAAGAUAUUCUCAAAAACAUCUGCUUUCAUCUUAUUUAUCUGAACUGGCUGGUUCCAGUGAACUGUGGCCAGUUUUAUCUGCAAAGCCUAUGAGCAUCCCCCUCCCCACCUUCCCCCAGGCCCCCGCCCCUCCCAAAAAAAGCUUUAGCGCAUUUCAGAAUGUUCUGGGAUUAGAGUAUAAGCAUCUGGAUGCAGUAUUUAAACUCAACAUGAUGACAAUCACUAAACAAAAACCAUCUUUAGAUGUGUGCAGCCACUUUAGGUAAAUGUAUCAUGUGGAGAUGUACUCUAGAGAUUUGCUCUCUGAAAAAUGGCAGUGCAGAAACUGAAGAAUCUGCAUACUAGUAUCUGUUGUUAUUACUUUGCAAGCUAUAGACUAUCUAUUGCUUAAAAUUGAAAUCUAUACAUUGCUUCCAGUGGGCUUCAGUUAUUGAUAAUUCUGCUGAAUUUGUUUAAACAUUGCAAUCUUUAUAUAUGAAAAUUUAAACGAUAUUAAACACAAAUAUCUUCUGCGCAAUGCCAAAGUAAAGUAGUUCCCUUAUUCUGCAGAUUUGUUUUUUCUGUGAGUAGGCAGUCAUAUUUGUUUAGUUUAAUGAAAAACUUAAGCUUUUAGUCCCGUUAUGCCUGUAGAGAGUCAGUGCACCUUAGACAAACAGCUGAAAGCUAUUUUGGUUAACAGUCCUGCUGAUGAUGGAUAAUGAGCCAAAUUCCAACUAGAAGAAAAAAUUCUGUUAAACUGGAUCAGAGUUUGAUGUUGUGGUUCCUAGUUUUAAUUGUUUGGAGGGCCAAGAGUUUAAAAUGUUCUUUUGCUUUUUCCUGAUUUAAUGACAAAUUAAUGCCACAGUGCCAUCUUUACAGCAUAAUUUUUCGUCAUUCUGAUUCACUGUGUAAAAAAACCCCAACUUUUCCUCCAAGUUACGCUAAGUAAAUAUGUGUUUUCUUCCAUUUUUCUCCUGUUCUUGAUUAAUGGAUUAUAACUGUUUUCAGUUAACAAAAUGCAGUCAAUUUUUUUUGAUAAACAGGUCUUACUGCUACUUGCCUUAUAAGCAAAUUCAGUUCUGCUUAUUCAUCUUAAAUCAGUAGUCUUUGUAUUUCCUUUUAACACUGUUCAGAUAUUACUUGGGAAAAUAUGUGCAGCACAGUAACUUAUGCAGGUAGGGCUUUUACUUUUGCUUAUUGUGGAUUUAAUUGCGAAGUAUAGCCUUCAUUAAGUUAAUUAGAUUAAUCUAUAUUAAAAAUAAGUACAAAAAGGAAACUAGAAGUUAACACAGUUUGGAAGAAGGAGCAGUUGGUUUUUUUUUCCCCCUAAUAUAAGUGGCCUCAGCUGUGGUCUGGGAAAAAGAUUUACAAAUUUUAUUGUUCUGCAUUACUGCAAUCUAUAUUUAAAUAUACAACUAUCUUUUUGUUAAUUCAGCAUUCCCAGGAGACUUCUGAAUGUGCUAUGUAUGAUACAAAGCUCAAAUAUAUUUAUUAUGCAGCUUUCCCCUGUACAUUUUAUGAAACCUAAAUAAGUUUACCACUACUUUAAGAUACCAUCAUAGUCACUGGCUUCGUCAGUCAAGGAGAAGAGCACAGGCUGCCUUCUAGAGCUCCUGGUUGCACAGGUAAAUGUGUCCAGGUAUAGAUUGUAUUUUCUUAUGCAUCCAUUAGUUCUGCUACUCAGUGCAGGAGAAAGGUGGAGCCAUGGCCUCCUUUUAGAUGUCUUGAACCUAAAAAAUAUCUUGGAGGGGAAAGCUAAUGUGUACAUGCGUGCAGGAAUGCAGGACCUGUGAUCUAGGGCUGUGUGAAGGUUCAGUCCCUGAUUCGAUUCGGCAGAUAUUUGGCUCAAUUUGGUGGCCAAAUCUCUGUAAUCCAAAUCACAUCAGAGGACCCUUUAAUCUCUCCAAAUCAAAUUGCAGCCCUCCAAAUUAACUCGGAAAGAUUCGGACAUAGACACAGCUUUAAAUGUUUUUUCUACGUACCUCUAGAUAGCAGGGGCUUGUGAGUGCGAUGCUGGGGCACAUGGAGUGUCCCACAGAAGCUCAGGGGGCUCCCCAGCACGCUCAACAGCAGACCCAGAAGUGGACCAAAAGCACUUCUGGGUCCCCCAGGGAGCAUGCUGGCCCUCCCCCCUGCUUCGGCGACUGGUGCCUUCUGGGUCUGGGGGGUACCCAGUUUACCCCUGCAGGUGACCGCUGAGCCAGCAGGCCUACUUCCGGUCUGCUUCUGGGUUUGCCGCCAAGCCCGUGGAGGGCCCCCCUGCACUCCUGUGGGACACUCCAUGUACCCCAACAUCACAGCAAUCAUGAGCCAUGCUGGUACCUCAAGGUAUGUAGAAAAAUCUUAAAGUUGUGCCUAUUCUCUGAAUCAGCAUCGAAUCUUCAGAUUCGGCCAAAUUGAAUCGGGGACAGUGAUCUGAAUCAACAAAUCAAAUCAGAGUCCCUGAUUCGGGCUGAAUCCAAAUCAAAUAGGGUCCGCUUUAAACACCCCUACUGUGAUCAUGUCAUACUGAGUGUGAGAAUUGCAUGCAAGGAAAUGAAGUGGCAGCUAGGUCUUAGCUGUGUAAGCUACACAGUAGCUAGUCAUGAUCAGACCCUCCUAUUUGCCCUCCUAACUACCAAAAAAAAAAAAAGAAAAUUCUAGAGAAGAGGAAAAUACAAAAUUGUAUUUUACUGGUCAGCAUGUUUUGGAGCUUCUGAAUGGAGCAUCCUAAGGAAAAUUUAGUUCACCUUCAUCUCCCCUUUUAUUUUUAAUCUACAGGCCACAAGUACAGUACAGAAGGUGCAGUACUUUCCUCUGCCAUCUCAUUUCUGUCCUGUAUGUAAGAUAUUGCUCAGGUUUUUAUACCAACUGUAGUCCUAGCCCUGUCCCAAGGACACUGUUCUAAAUUAUGUCAGGAAGUUUUGUCAUAUUGACUCUUGCCCUUUGGCAGAAUGAGUUGUCAUGUCAUUUUGAACUUCAUGCCACUGUUGACCUCAGCAGUGAAAAACCUGCUAGCCCCAUUUAGGAAAAUAAAUAGGAGCUAUGUAAUAUUCUGAAUUUUUAGUUUAUUGAUUUAUUUAUUUUUUUAUUCUUGUAAUAGACCUCAUUGUUUGCUUUUACUUCCUCUAACUGUAAUAUGCUAGUUUAUUGAAACAGUAUCUGUAAUUGCCCGAGAAUGAAAAUAAACCAUGUAUGCCAUAAGUUUUAAAAAAUUAUGCCAUAAGUUUCAAAAAGCUUUUUUUCCACCCUUUUUAAAACAUGAACUAAGCUACACUGUAGUGCAUCUAGUUGUGAAGCAAAACAUGAUGUUGCUGUUCAAUAUAUUAUCCUAUAAUGCAGAGAUCAAAGCUGUUAAUAGCAGGAUUUAAACUUGGCAUUAAUCUUGGGUACUUUGGGUUAACCCACUGAGCAAACUUACUGUAGUAUCACAGAGUGAAUUACAAAGCACUAGCUUUAUUUAUAAUGGGAACAUCCCUUUGAAAAUGUGCCUGCUUCCUUAUUAAUGCGUAAUCUUUGUACAUUAAAUGCAAACAUUUUUAUCAUUGAAACAUAACCCAUCUGUUAGAAAAACAUACAAGUUUGAAAGAUUGUGACAAGUGCAUUCAAAGCUUUAAUUUUAUCUCUGCAACUUUCUAAAGAACAUUUGAAUUUACUGGAAACCUACCACGUGAGUUUCAUUAAUGUUAGAAUUUUCAUAGACUGUAAAUCAGUGUUGAAUCUGGCUUACUUUUUCUGAAUCGGGCAGAAAAUCUUUAGAAGUUAAACAGUGGUCCAAAGCUUGGUCAAACCAGUACAUAAACUUUACCUUAUUCCCCUUUCUAGACUGAGGCCUUAUACAGACAUUCAGUUAAUCCUGGGAGAAUUUGGAACAACCAAGGUUAAAUCACUCCCAGGAGAGUUACGCCUGGGAAAGUGAAUAUUUGUACAUGCUGAAAGUCAUUCCACUAUAACUAUGCUGAGAGUAGAUAUCAUUUAGUUCUUCUGUUCUAUUUAAAAGCAGUAUAACUUUUUGUGGGCAUUCAGAAUAUCAACUCUUAAACAUCUGCAUUAGCACUGCAUUUUUUAUGCUUCUUUGUUACUUAUGGUGGACUUCAUGGCCCCAGGUAAUAAAAAGGGACUGUCUAACUGGGCAACAUUUCAUCAUUGGAAUUCUGGUUUAUUUUUGUCUUGUCGCUGUUGAAAGUUACAGAUAUGAUAUCACCAGCACUUUUGCCUUAACACUUGCAUGGAAUUAUUACAAAAAGAAGACACUUUCUUUUUGUCUUUGAACACUAUUGCAGAAUCCUGCUUCCUUUUUCAAAUAAAAUUAUGAAGUUGAAAACAAAUAUAGUGUUUUUUUCUGGUUCCUGACCCUGACUUUCUGCUUUUGCUUAGACUUGGGUUUUGGAUUUCCCUAUGGAUUUGUCUUCUGGUUCUUAACCCUUAGCCUGACUCUGUGUUCUGACUUCAACCUGUGGAUUUCUCCUUGGACUUCGUAGCACAGCUUCUGACCUUUCUGAUCCUGACCCUGCCCUCUGUUGUGGGUACUGCACUGUGAUUUCUCUCUGAGCUUUGUAAUUUGGCUCCAAGGUUCUGUCCUAGCCUCUGGUCCCCCAGCCACCCCUUGGUGGCCAGAUGAUUAAACCAAGCCACCUACAACCUGAUCCGUAACAUCCACAGGCUGAGUUAGCCCACCAGUCAUAUGUUUGACAUCUCUGAUCUAUAGGGUUUCCUCUACCUAGUCGUCAUUUAUUUGGUACAGUACACGAGACUUAACACUAGUUCAGAUAAACCAUUGGUCUGAUCAGUAUGGUCACUGCUUUUUUGUUCCUAAUGCAGAAUGUCUAAAUCAGAGAGUAAGUUGGACAACAGAAGGUAUGGCACUUUUGAAAUAUGGCGGUUUUUUGUUAGUGAAAACAAGGAAAAUUAUAUUGCCUCAUUAGGGAGGGAAAGGAAUACAUGUUAUUGAUGAGAACAUGAUAUACAAAGUAUAUUUCUAGAAAAGGGGAUAUGACCAAGAUAUUAGAAAUGUAGAUGGUCUGUUUUUAGAGUGCAUGGAAUCCAAAAGGGCAAGUGGCUUUCCUUGAUGGACAGGAUGUAAUUAGAGCAAACAAAUUGCAGAUGGAAAGGCAGGUGAUAGUUUAGUAGACUUCUGUUUACUACAGAAUUAAAGCUGUCUAGUAAUGGAGUAAGGAGAGUCAAUCUUCUUGAAUUUAGAAACCAACAUGUUGUAGGUUAUCACAGAUUCCCCUGUAAUGAAAGCACCUAAAAUUACAGUAUAUAUUUUGUUUAUCUAGAACUGACAGUAUCCUCUUUUAUUAAUUAUAAAGAUGGAGCUACUGCUGUUUCCGUAAUGAAUACCCAAGUAGGGUGCUUUAAAAUAAUGUAUGUGAGAGCAGCAGAAACAGUUUUAUUUCAUAACCUCCUCUCUCAUCCCCUCACCCCCUCCCCAAGUCUCCAAGGAAAAGUUUUGGAGGCCUUUCCAGUAGAUCUGGGAGGUGACAUAAUUAGCCAACACUUUGAAAAGUAAAUCCCGAAACUGCAAAACAUUUAUGCAUUAGUUAACUUUAUUAUAGUCAUUGGUUUCAUUAGAAGUACUUAUGAGCAAAGUGUGCACAUGCUUCAGUGCUCAGAGCACUGAUUCUCAACCAGGAUGCUACAGCGUCUUGGCAUGCCUUGAAAUCUUUUUGAGGUACUGUGGAAGGCUAUGCAAUGUUAGCACUGUUAGGUGUGCAAACAUGAUUCAUGGGAUAAACCCCAGGGGGCACAUUCCCACAUGCAGGGGCACACGUUUGCCGUGGCACAAAUAGCAGUGGCAUGUAUUUGUGCUGCUGCUUUGUGCCCCACGGUAGGCCCCUGCACUCACACUAUGGUGCAUGCCAGAUUGUCUCAGGUCGGGUAGGGGAGGCUGGGGCCAGCACCUUUGUUGGCCCUAGCAGCCUUACUUGCGGGUCUGGGGGCCUCCAGGGGCAGCAGCAGUGCCAAUCCAGCCACAUAGCCCGGAUGGCAGUCAGAGCAUGGCUCUCUACAUCCAGACUCUGUUUCUGGCAGUGCAUGCUGCUGCUGUAUGCACUAUGCUGCUUUUUGCAUCUUUUUAUAUAUAUACCGGAACAUCCCAGUAUUUUAGCACCGCACUGUAAAUUGGCCGUGCAGAGUACAAUUGCAUGUUCACUGUUUGCAGUGCUACAACCGCACAUCUAUGCUUGUCUGGACACACCCACGGAUUUCAAAUAGGAAUCCAUCACAUUAAAGAAAUUCUGAUUUCCUGAGUUCUAUGCAACAGUUGCUUGCUUGCUCGCUCGUUCUCUCUCUCUCUCUCUCUUUGGACUUUGAAAAAAAAACAAAAAACAAGUGAAAACUAAGAGCUGGCAUUGUAGGAGGGGUGUCUUAAGUCUAAAAUGGUUGGAAAUCACUGUCUCAGAAAUUUGGGGUUUUAGUACAUUAUUUCCUAUUUAGUAGGAAUUAUAUAUCUUCUCCAAAAAUAACAGCACAGGAAAUUAUCUUUACAUUUUUCCGGAGAAGCUAAAGAAACUUGAGACUAUCUUAUAGCAAAAUGAAGUGUUUCUGAGAAAUAAUUUGAGAUUUAAUGUUUAUAGAGGGAAUAAGGAGUUCUUAAGUGCAACUAAAUUGCAUUGCUUUACAAACAAAUUUUGUAGCAUCCUAUGCAUCUUAGAGAUGGAGAAACUGAGGCAGAGUGAUGAAGUGAAUUGUCACAGUCACACAGCUAAUGAGUGGUGAAGCUAGAAAUGUAAUAGUUAAAGAGAAAUGGUAAGGUUUCCAAAGCCAAAUAUGUAGACCUACUCUAAAAAAAUGUUAGGGGAAAAUUAAAGCAUUGUGUGCAUUAAAUCUCUUUUUGCUACCACCAGUGGGGCUGCAAAAGUGUUCUCAAAGAAAACCCUCUUUGAGAGGCUGAGGACUAAAAGAACAGGGAUUUUGUAAACAGAGGGAAAUUUAGUCAGAAAAAUACUGAUGUGCAUCUAUUUCACGUCGUUUUUACUUUGGACAUAUUUAGUGGUAAGUCUAUUCCUGGCUUGGCUCUUUACUCAGCUGCAGUAUUAUCAUAGUAUUAUUAUUAUUCCAGGUGUUUGAUUUGUAUAUUGGUCUGUGGGAUAGAUAAUCAGAUUAUCAUGUUAGAAAGUUCUAAAACUAAACCAUGAUCAAUUUUAUGAUCAUAGUUUCUAUAGUAACUGAUCGCAGGUGAGUACAUUUAUAAAGUCAUGUAUUGAUGAGUUAUUUACAUAAGUGGAUUGCUUUGUAUUUCUUCCACUUGUGAUAACUGUAUAUCUGAAUUAAUCUUUACCAAAAGACUUUUUCAUAGCAUUCAUAUAUUCUUCACUUGUCAUUGCCUGUCAAUUCUCUCUCAUUCAUUUCUGUGGUACCUGUUUAUGAAAGAGUUCAUCUUAUUUAUAAAGUCUACUUAGGUUUAUGUUCAAACCAAGUAUAUAAGUAUCCAGAAAUCUGUUGGCUUCUAUAUAUGAAGUGAUUUUAUAAAACUUUAUAAAGAUUAUAACUUUCAGAAUUGUUGCACAGCCCCUCUUCUGAAAAGCUUAGCUCCUGUCUUGCAAAGACUUGGUGUUUAUGUUAACUUUAUGUGCCUGAGUGGGACAUAUUUGCUUAGUAAGUUUUACAGGAUUGUGUCCACUUACACCCAACCCAAGAGUUUGGUAAAUAUGAAAAGACUAGAAUUCAUAAAAGUCAUGUUGCAGGAGGAAUUGAAAAAUGGAACGGAAGAAUCAAAGGGAAGAGGAGAAAAUACAAAUGAGUAGUGGAACUAAACAGUUCUUUUUGACACAUCAGUUGGAUUAAACUAGAUCUGACUCUGAAAUGUGUGCUGGAAAAAAAUUAGAUUGGUAAAAGCAGUUUUAUGUUAGACAGUUGUGAUUUGUCUCAGAUUCAUCUCUUACUAUAAAUGCAUUGGUUUUACGCAGAUAGUGAAAAUCCUUGAAAAUAUAUGCCACUAAAUAUUUUAAGUGUGUUACUUUGUAUCUAUGUAUAAAUGUUAAACAAAUUGAGUUAAUGGUAAUCUAAAUGUCAGUAUUGCAUCUUGAUUUAAGAUACAAGAAACACCAUUUGCUCGUGUCUAUUAAUCAUAUAUAAUAAUGGACCAUCUCCUCUGAUCUGGCAAAGCUGUGCUUGGCAUCUGACCUGAGAAAAGAAUGAGGAGAUGGUUUUGGGCAAUCUUUUAUUCUUCCUUAAUCUUAGUGGCUGGCUCUUGGUGUAAAUUAGAAAUGCUCUGUCUGGCACUCAACUCCUCAAGAAGUUGCUUUCAGUUUUGCUGACUCUUGUGACUCUUAUUUUCUCAUGAAAUUUGCUGCUGGGUUUUCUUUCUUUUUUUAAAAGGCAGCUUCUGAAGUCAUGUGACUUGGUCUUAGCAUUUAUUUAAAACAUGGUGGCAAAAAACUUUGAAAGCACAGGAAGUAAUUGCUUAACCUCUAAUAUAUAUUUUUCAAACUUAUCUUUAAAAUAGUCUUAUGAUUUUUGAAUGCAUGGGACUAGUAAUACUGCCUUCUGGCAUCAGUGGAUUACAAGAGCAUAGGUCAUCUCCAUCCCCAUUCCAUGGGCCAGUCCAUUAUGGAACAGACAUACCCCAGAACUGGUCAUGCUGGCUUUCUAGUUGCUCGCUGAAGUGUGCAAAGCAGCCAAGUAGUAAGGAAGAAUGUAAGCUGUCACCUGCAAAAUAGUUUGCCUUCUACUCUUUUUCUAGAAGAAUUAUGAUGGAAACUGAAUUAACUGUACAUCUAAGGCAGGUGUGCUAAAGUCCUGUCCCACAGGCCAGAUCCGGCCUGUCAAGCAGUACCUUCUGGUCCACAGGGCUCCCCACAGGUCCAAAAACUUGCCGGUGGGGGAACAGGGACCAGUAGUAGUGUUAAUUGGUGCUGCCCUGCUGCCAAAUUUCUGGACCUGUAGGGAGCCGCAAGGGCUGGAUACCAUAGCCCUAUGUGAUAGAUCAGAGCUGGCAAAUGAGGCCAGAUUGGGGCCACAAACCAGCUCCCUGGCACUCAUCCAGCCUCCAUGUCUGAAAGGUUGGGCACCACUGACUUAAGGCAAGGAAAAUUUUAAAGGAAUGAUAUUGCCUUACAAAAAUACUGGCAACACUUACCAUGCACAGGUGUAAAUAGUUAUGCAUAGAUGUAGAUAUUUAGGCCCUUCUAUGUACUAAAUAUAAAUUACUAUAAUGAAAUAGAUAAGUUUUAAUAAGACUUACAAAGGUGAAGUGCUGUAUGCUUAGUGCCAUUUUUCCAAUUACUUCUCAGACAAAAAUUGUCUUAACAUGCCACUGUACACUGCAGUAGAAUUGUAUAUGUUGUGUAAACCCAAACUUUACUUAUUCAUUUAAAAUGUCAAGCACAUUUCAUUAAUGUUUUAAGUUAGUCUGUACAAUUAAUUGCAUAUGUACAUAGAAGUGCAUAUUCUUUUUAUGUCGGUCAUAGUACAGUUUCAUGGCUGUAGCUGGUGUUGAAUUUUGACUCACUGUAUUUUGUCUUUGAACAUGCAGGGCAGUUUUAAAAAUAUCUUUCUGUUUGACAUUUAACUUUCUUGCAUCAUUUAUUGAAUAAACAAGGUGAUGUAUUUAAUCAUUU